UGAUAUCAGAAACUCGUCCUCGAAGAAGCGAGUGUAUCGCUGGAUAAAAGGGAGCUCUGUGUGAACGGCGCUAGCUAGGAUCAAGACAGUCCUUUCUGUGAAACUGAAUGAAUGAAAACAGCAUGUCGGGGGUUCCUGCAGUGCGCGUGAGUAUCGAGUCAUCCUGUGAGCGGCAGGUGCAGGAGGUUUCUUUGGAUGGAGUGGAGACAUAUGUGCCACCACUUUCCAUGUCACAAAACCUUGCAAAGCUUGCACAGCGCAUUGACUUUGGCCAGGGAUCUGACUCGGAUGAAGAGGACCCAAAUGGACAAAGUAGAGUAUCUGACUGGAGCAAGCAAGACCUGGAGGGGGAAGAAGGACUGGUAAAAUUCCAGCCUUGUUCUUGGCCAUGGGACUCAGUGAGGAACCAUCUACGGAGUUCACUGACUGAGAUGUGUGUGCUGCAUGACAUGCUCAGUGUCAUCAAGGAGAAGAAGUAUAUGGCUCUUGAUCCAGUAUCCCAGGAUCCUGUUGUUGUCAAAACCCCUCAGGUUUUCCAGUUGAUCAGUAAGAAGAAGUCUCUGGCCACUGCAGCCCAGUUGCUGCUGAGGGGGGCAGAGAAGCUAAAUAAAUCUGUAGCAGAGAGUCAGGAGCAGUGGCGUCAGCGUGAUUUUAAUGCAGAGCUUCUACACUUGCGCUCGCAGUGGAAGUUGCGCAAAGUUGGAGACAAAAUCCUUGGAGAUCUAAGCUACCGUAGUGCAGGCUCAAUGUUUGCUCAUCAUGGCAGCUUUGAGGUGAUUAAAAACACAGAUAUUGAUUUGGAUAAGAAAAUUCCAGAUGACUACUGUCCACUCAAUGUCCAGAUUCCAAGUGACCUAGAGGGUUCUGCAUACAUUAAGGUCUCUAUUCAGAAACAGUCUGCUGAUAUAGGAGACCUAGGAACAGUCAGUCUUUUCAGAAAGCCACCCAAAGCCAAGCCAGGUAGCUCCCAGGCAUGGCAUCUAAAGCUGGAAGCUGCUCAGAACGUGCUGCUAUGUAAGGAGAUAUUUGCUCAGCUCUCUCGAGAGGCAGUGCAGAUAAAAUCCCACAUUCCACACAUUGUUGUCAAAAACCAGAUCAUCUCCCAACCUUUUCCUGGACUUCAGCUCUCCAUCUCAUUGUGCCACUCUACGACAGACAAGAAAAACCAUAGAGCUUCACCAGAAAAAAACAAACCAGAUGACCAUCUAUAUGUGCUGGAACACAACCUGCACCAGCUUAUUAGAGAGUUCCAUAAACAGACCCUGAGCUCCUCUGUGAUGCCCCACCCUGCAAGUGCUCCAUUUGUUUCUAAGCGACUGCGGCUGGCUGGGCCAAUGGCUUAUGAUAAGUCAGAGAUCAGCUCGCUGCAGCACAACGAAGGCUUGCUGGAGAAAAUAGUCAAACAAGCCAAACAUAUUUUCCUCAGGAGCAGGACGGCACGAACCAUUGACAGCUUGGCAAGCCGUAUUGAGGAUCCUCAGAUUCAGGCUCACUGGUCCAAUAUUAAUGAUGUUUAUGAGUCCAGCGUCAAAGUGCUCAUCACCUCCCAAGGCUAUGAGCAGAUCUGCAAGUCUAUCCAGCUACAGUUGAACAUUGGAGUGGAGCAGAUCAGAGUUGUGCACAGAGAUGGUCGUGUCAUCACUCUUUCGCACCAAGAGCAAGAGCUGCAAGACUUUUUACUGUCUCAAAUGUCUCAGCACCAGGUGCAUGCAGUUCAGCAGUUGGCAAAGGUAAUGGGCUGGCACGUGCUAAGCUUCAGUAAUCAUGUGGGACUUGGAGCCAUCGAGAGUAUUGGCAAUGCCUCUGCCAUUACUGUAGCAUCACCAAAUGGAGCCUAUGCAAUUUCAGUACGGAAUGGACCUGAGAGUGGAUUUAAGGUUCUGGUUCAGUUUCCACGUUGCCAAGCUAAAGAUCUCCCAAAAAGCGACGUGUUGCAGGAUGCAAAAUGGAAUUAUUUGCGAGGGCCAUAUAAGGAAGUGCACUGGAGUAAGAUGGAGGGCAGGAACUUCAUUUAUAAAAUGGAGCUUUUAAUGGCAGCACUCACUCCCUGCCCUUAAAACUGAAGUGUACAUGCCUUCAAAUAAACAAUGAGUAGCUGUUUUUUUGGGUUUUUUUUAAAUAAGUGCUAUUUUUUCCUCGAGAUCCUGUCUGUUGUUGCGUUUGAGUAACAUUUGUUGACUGAACAUCUGGUCACAAAAAAUCUUGUACAUGCCUUCAAAUAGAGUGUAACCUUUAUCUGCAAACUAUCGGAAUCUUUUCUCAUUGUAUCAUUUAAUUGAAUUACACACA